AUGAGCACAGACAAGCCUCCUACUCGACCUGAUCCAUGCAAGUUGUUCUCCAUACGACAGUACGAGUGUAAACCCGGAGUCAAGGUCACUUGCUGGCCUCUCGACCGGAUCUUUAGACAGUGCGGCAAGGGUCCUGCAAUUGAAGUCACAAACGCCGUUAUAGACUCACAGAGUGGUCAGAUCGUAAUCGAUCCAAAGAUACUGGAAGACCUGGGCAGAGAUUCAAUAUCAGUAGCGCUUAGACAUGAUCAAUGCGUCGCUCGAUCGUCUGCGCUCAGACCGAUGCCAGUCUCAAAACGGCCGGUAAUGAACCACCCUACAGAGGCUACCCCAAGGGCUCUUGCGGGCCAUGCAUCGCCAACUUCCCUACUGGAGAUCACAGGAAACUUCUCAGCCUACUUCUCCGACGCGACCGAAGUGUCACCGGCCGACGACUCUGUUGCUCCGUCCUUGGUCUCCAAAGUGGGCGCAUUACCCCUCGUUGAGUCCGCUUGGAGAAUCGCCUUCAGCGAAUCCACGGCACUUUGGCCGCUGGCGGCGGAUGCGCCAUCGGCUUGGGUCUCGCUUGGCUCCUCCACCUUCUUCUGCAAAGCGUAG